AUGUCGUCGAAAACAUACGGAUUACGUAGCGGUAGGAUCGCCGUGCUGCUGUGCUGCGCCGCGCUACUUGUGGCCGCCCCCACCACCGAGGGUGGUUCGGCGGUGCGCAACCAUCGGGCGGCACGGGACGCAGCGAAUGGUGGCGCCGGGCGGCCCGACCGCGGCCCGAAGAUGUCCUGCGAGCGAGUCAACCACUUCUUCGCCUCCAUCAAUGUAACGGUCGGUGGGACAGGCCAAGCAUCUCCACCAACAAAAGGACCGGUGUGCGAAGGAGUGUGUUGUGAUGCCGAAACGGAGACACAGCUGCAGGCGAAGGCGACGAAAAACUUCGAAAGACUAGUCAAACACCACAUCCGCAGCCAACGGGGGCACUGGGAGCAGACGGCGGUUCUCUAUAAAGACUACCUGCUGCAGCUUUCGCGGCAGUCCGAGAACAAAACGCUCGCCCUGUUCUCGACCGUCUACAGCAAGAUGUCGCCACUGUCGCGCGAACCGAUCCGCGAGCUGUACGAAACCAUCCGCUUCAAUCUGGUCGCGGAUCGACCAUUCGGGGGCGACGAUCUCGAGCUGGUCACGGACAAGUUCUUCCGGAAUCUGUUCCCGGUGGCGUACCACCACGCGAUCCACUCGACGGGGGCGUCGCAGGGCCGUAACGGCGGCGCGGCCGCCGCGAACAGCAAUCGCGACUUCCACAGCGACUACAAGAACUGUCUCGUGCACACGUACAACGACCUGCAGCCGUUCGGGAGCGUGCCACGGGAGCUGGCCAGCUCGCUGGUGUCCUCGGUAGGCGCCGCCUCCGUGCUGCUGCGUGUGCUGCGCGACGGCGCGGACGUGCUGACGAAGCUAGAGGAGAUCGGCGUGACGUCACCGCUCUGCAAGAAGGCUCUGCUGCGCAUGAACUACUGCGGCAGCUGCCACCUCUUCGAUCAUCUUCACGCCAAACCGUGCUCCGGCCUCUGCCACAACGUGAUGCGCGGCUGCCUGGUCGAGUACGUCGGGCUACUGAACAAGGACUGGUCCACGUUCACGGAGUCGAUCGUGCCGCUCAUCGGCACCGUCCGAUCGGCGCAGGGAGUCGAGUCGGAGAUCAAGCUGCUCGACGCCAAGCUCUCGAACGCCAUCAUGAACGCGAUGGAGAUCGGGCCGCGGCUGGAGAAACAGGUGGAACAAGCGUGCGGCGUUCCGUCGCUAAUGCAAACGGACUACCAGGUGGACGGAAGCUUCGAGGAUGUGCCGAAAACGUUGGCCAGCAGCAGCAAGUGGAGCCUGGCGCCGAACAACGAGAUGCUCCAGUUCGAGAUGACCAUCUUCAAGAACAAGGAUCUGUUUCUGCAACUGUCCUCGACGCUCUGCGAUGACGAGGACUACCAUCCGACGGACGAGGACUGCUGGACUGGCAGCAGUCUGAGCGAUUACACGCACCAGGUCGUGACGACAAUCGGCGAUAAGUACAACCCGGAGGUGGCCUACGCCGGUGACAUCGAAUCGCCCCAUAUGCGCACGCUGGUCGAUCGGCUGAUCAACCUCAACUCGGCAGCCACCAAAGCGUCGUCCCCAAACACGUACCGGGGUGAUGUCGAUAAAAUGCAGUCGGACAUGGCGGAAGGCUCGGGCGAUUCGUAUCCUUCGGACGACGAGGAGGAUGGCUUCGCUGCGUCCGGUUCCGGCGACGGCCGAUCAAUAACUCAGGACCCCGUCAUCCCCGUCAUAAGUGAAAUCAACUCAUCGAAACGAAUCUCUUCACACUCCUGCUGGAGUUUGAUGGCCGCCAUCUCGGCGAUGCUGCUAUCGGUGCCGAUGCUGCAGCUACACGGUCUAUUCUACAGGCACUGA